CGACACACAAGUUACUACUUAUCACGAACACAAAUAUCGUCUAGAGCUAGAAAGCUGAGGUCGAAGAAUUGAAGCGAAGAAGAAAGAGAAACAAGAAAGAAUCAAUAUGCCAAGAAGCAGUUUCGGGGCUUCUUUCGCAACUCCAAAACUUAAUGUGGCAAUCGACACGGGUAAUCCCUUCCUCAAUGUCACCGUUGAUGGUUUCUUGAAGAUUGGCACCGUUGCAGCAACUAAAUCACUUGCUGAGGAUGCAUAUCAUGUCGUCAAAGGAGGGAAUUUCUCAGGUCGCAAGAUUGAGCAUUCGUUGAAGAAGAUGUGCAAGGAAGGUGCUUAUUGGGGAACUGUUGCUGGCAUGUAUGUUGGGAUGGAAUAUGGAAUGGAGAGAAUUCGUGGCACUCAUGACUGGAAGAAUGCCAUGCUUGGAGGUGCUUUGACAGGAGCUCUGAUAUCUGCUGCCAGUAACAAGAAUAAAGACAAUAUUGUAAUGGAUGCCAUUGCUGGGGGUGCCAUUGCAACUGCAUCAACAUUCCUCAACUAUCUCAUAUGAUCAUGGAAAUGUAUAAUUUCUGCUGCCAGUCGCAAGAAUAAAGACAUUACUAUGAUUGAUGCCAUUGCUGGGGAUGCCAUUGCAACUGCAUCAACAUUCCUCAACAAGCUCACAUGAUCAUGGAAAUGUAUAAACUUUCCCCUAUCUCACUGAACUGCUGUGAGGAAGCAUUAAAAACUAUGUUGAUUUUCAUGUUAAAGUAAAAAUAUGCAAGGAAACUGAUAUUGAUGCAAUGAUUUGUUUCCAUCUAUUUCCCGCAAGUGUUCUUCUCUGAAUAAAAAGUCGCCUUUUCAAACA